AUGCGUGUUUUACUCUUUGCCACUGGCCUUUUUGCGGCCAAUGUAGUUGUCGAAGCUGGCGUGUGUAAGCCCGCGCACACAACUGCCUCACACUCCGAUGCUGUCUCAAGCAUUGAAUCAUCGGCUACUUCCGCUUCUGCCACCGUCAUUGAAACCGUCAGCCUCUCCACGACCGAGACUACCAGCGCCGAGGCUACUGAAACCACGGCACCUGGUACUACGAUGGCCACGACAACCUCAGUAGAAAUUAUUUCUACUUCGGUCACUGAGGCCCCAACAACCACAACCACCGAAGAAGCCUCGGCUACCGUCUCGUCAUCUACAGCUCCCUACUUUACAACAGGCUCAGUCGUCGGUACUGGACCAGUCGCUGGCCUUACUCUACAGGGAGAUGGCCAACGCUUCAUUCCUCUAUCCUUCCAACAAUCUGGUUCAGCUCAAACCUUGAUAUUUAGCAUCGUCAACGGCAAGCUCGCUACAGGCAUUAACAACAACUACCUAUGCUUGAACUACAAGGAUGAAGGUGUUCUUGGGCCUCUUGUGCUGUGCCCAUUCGAUAACUUCGAGAACGCUCCUUUGAACUGCCAACAGUCAUCUGACGGCACGCUUGCAUGUACUGCGCCCAAUGGAUCUUGCAAUUCGUCAGGAACAUGUAGAAGACCUAACGCUGGCGUACCAUUUUCUCAAUUCUAUGUCAAUGACGCUCAGGAAGGCUUUUUCGGCCCUGCAUCUGGAGACUUCGCUGGCUACACUGCACUCAACUUGGUACUUGCUAAAUAA